CCAUCAUCGGAGGUGUGUGCCGCAUCUCGUCCCGGUAUAAUUACCCCCACCCCUCUCCGUCCUUCCUCAUUGAUCGCUCGUUCUCGUACUUAUUCUCCUUCUUCGCUCUUCGUGCUCCGCGCGGCGCCACCGAGGGCUCUGAGAGCAAGGGGAAAGGGGAGGAGACGUAGGAGAGCUUGGAGGCUUGCGGCGAUGGCUGGAAAAGGGGUGUUCGAGGAGAUCAUCGACGGGGAUGUGUACAAGUACUACACGGAUGGGGAGUGGAGGAAGUCGCCUUCGGGGAAGUCGGUUUCCGUCAUUAAUCCGACGACGAGGAAGCCUCAGUACAAAGUUCAAGCAUGCACGCAGGAGGAGGUGAACAAGGUGAUGGAGUCUGCGAAGGCGGCGCAGAAGUCAUGGGCCCGGACGCCGCUGUGGAAGCGGGCGGAGCUCCUUCACAAGGCGGCAGCCAUCCUCAAAGAGCACAAGGCCCCCAUCGCCGAGUGCCUCGUCAAGGAGAUCGCCAAGCCCGCCAAGGACGCCGUCACAGAGGUGGUGAGGUCGGGGGAUCUGGUAUCUUACACCGCGGAAGAGGGAGUUCGGAUACUUGGGGAGGGAAAGUUUCUGCUCUCUGAUAGUUUUCCUGGCAACAACCGGAGCAAGUACUGCCUGAGUUCCAAGAUACCUCUUGGAGUCGUUUUGGCCAUUCCACCCUUCAACUAUCCCAUCAACUUAGCGGUCUCCAAAAUUGCUCCUGCACUUAUUUCUGGCAAUUCCCUUGUGCUCAAGCCUCCCACUCAGGGUGCUGUAUCUGCUCUACACAUGGUACACUGCUUUCACUUGGCUGGAUUCCCAAAAGGCCUGAUCAGUUGUGUCACGGGCAAAGGCUCGGAAAUAGGAGAUUUUCUGACAAUGCAUCCUGGGGUGAACUGUAUAAGCUUUACUGGGGGUGAUACUGGAAUUGCCAUUUCAAAGAAGUCAGGCAUGAUCCCUCUCCAGAUGGAGCUUGGAGGGAAGGAUGCAUGCAUUGUGCUUGAAGAUGCUGAUCUUGAUUUGGCUGCUGCGAAUAUAGUGAAAGGAGGUUUCUCUUAUAGUGGUCAAAGAUGCACAGCUGUUAAGGUUGUCCUAGUUAUGGAAUCAGUAGCUGAUGCUCUUGUAGAGAAGGUGAAGGCCAAGGUGGCAAGACUCACAGUUGGUCCGCCGGAGGAGGAUUGUGAUAUCACUCCCGUUGUAUCGGAAUCCUCUGCAAAUUUCAUUGAAGGAUUGGUUAUGGAUGCGAAAGAAAAACGAGCCACAUUUUGCCAGGAGUUCCAGAGAGAGGGGAACCUCAUUUGGCCACUGCUGUUAGAUCAUGUCCGGCCUGAUAUGAGAAUUGCUUGGGAGGAACCCUUUGGACCAGUCUUGCCAGUAAUCCGGAUCAACUCUGUUGAAGAAGGUAUCCAUCACUGCAAUGCUAGCAAUUUUGGGCUCCAGGGAUGUGUUUUUACAAGGGACAUCAACAAAGCAAUAAUGAUCAGCGAUGCCAUGGAGACAGGAACAGUUCAGAUCAAUUCAGCACCGGCACGUGGGCCUGACCAUUUCCCCUUCCAGGGUCUGAAGGACAGUGGUAUUGGAUCACAGGGAAUUACUAACAGUAUCAACAUGAUGACAAAAAUCAAGAGCGUUGUUAUUAACUUACCAUCUCCAUCCUACACCAUGGGUUAAAGACUAAAGUAGACGAUUUCAGUUGUUAAAAUAAGUAUGACAAAGCUGUCUGCCUUUUUUAUCCUAUUUCCAGUUGCAUUUGGAUGUUAAUCAAUAAUAAAUAGCAGAUAGAUGCUGAUUAGUCUAUAUUGGUCUGCUAUACAUUUAGUUUUUGCAUUUAAGAAAAAAUUACAUGGUUGUGAAGGGAGGCUUUGAUGUAUUUCUUGAGAUGAUGUUCCCUAAAGUUGAUAAGAGCUGUUGUAUACUUGUAUUUGUUGUAUUUCUUGUAUUUGUUGUAUUUCUUGUAAUGCGAGAAAAUAUUAUAUCGGAAUAGAUAUCUGAUAGAGGCUAUGGUAUUUUUGAGAC